AUGUCGUGGGAGAAAGCUGGUGCGCGGGGCUGGGCUUUACCAGGGUAUGGUGCGGAGACUGAGGAGGAACUCAGAGAUGAUAAGGGCCCAGAGGAAGAGCAAAUUGAACCAAUUUGGGAAGAGAAGGAAAAGGAAAAAGACCUGCUGGCCCUAAAAGAGAAUCAGCAGAUGGACCAACCGGCUGAGGUCCUCGACCUGCCUCCUCUGGCGGUCAUCCGGCUACCUGCGUCUUUCAGUGUCCCAAAGCAAGACCUUAAGAAGAUUGCAGGCUACAUCAAAGGAAGCCUCCCUUGGCCAGAAGCCAGAGAAGUGAUCUUCAAGAGAAUUGGGGUUAGUUCGGGAACAUGGAUCAAAAUGAGCGAAAAUGGGGAUCGGUGCCUGCAUCUCUGGGGUAAUGUGCAGAAUGUGGAGAGGGCAAAAGCUCAACUCCAGCAGCUGAUAGACAAGAUAUCUGAAUCCCAGCUACAACCCUUCGAAUCACCAAGUCCCGUACGCGCGUCCAAGUCUGAGACGAAGUCCUGGACAAAGCUCCACCCGGAAGAUUUUAACACCACGCAAAACUCAGGGAGAAUCGAAGAGCAAGUCCGAGAGAAGCUGCGUUUAAUGCCCAAAUCACCGACCUCAGAUUCGAUGUUCCUGUUCUCCUGGCCUUUGGAAGGGUUGUCGAUCGAAGAGAGUGUUGGGAGGAAUUCCGAAAAGCUCGACCCCAUUUGCAAGGAAUUUGGCAUCGAAAUGGAACUCUGGGCGAAGGACGGAGAUUAUAUUGCCGUUCGGGGCUACAAAGAUGACGAUCUACCAAAGAUCCUCGACCAGCUGAACGCAAUAUGGAAACAGGCUAUGGCCAAACUUGCAAUCAACGUGAAAGCUUAUCUAGUUGACCCAGUCCCACUAGCCGAAAUGCGAAAGGAAGUGAUUCUGGUGAAGAGCCAACACCAUAAAUUCACCCAGCCAUACCUUUGUGGAGACAUGAUAUCCCCAUCCGAAAUAACAAAGUGCCUCGAACAAAGCGACUCAAUCAUGAGCAGGAACAACGAGUACAUUCUGAAAAGCUUCGAAAAAGCUCUCAUCGAGUCAUCGGGUGCUGCCGAGCAUCUUCGCAUGCGUGUACACUUCGGCACCUUUGUGUACGACAGAUAUCAACAACCCGAAAAGGGCAAAGGCACUCACCUCUUCCAUGACUUCCAGGCGAUGGUUCGCAACAAGAAAGCGAGUGGUCGACUUCUUCCAGGUCUGCGACCAAGGGAAGAAGACUUGAUCAUGAGAUGUAUCCAGGCAGACCACAUCUUCGAGCAAUUUGACCCCAGCAAAGAUCUCGGGCAUGUCCAGAGUAUGCCGCCUAAUUACUCGUUAGGCUUUGAGGUUUCUGGAGAUGACGGGUCUCCGAUACGCCUAGAAAUUUACUACAAAGGAAACUCAACCACUAGAGCCCCCGGGAAUGCUCAAUGGCUCAAGAUCGGCCGAGCUAAGAAUGGAAUUCCCCAGAGAUAUUUUGCUCUUCAGGUUAGCGUGACUAGCUUUAUGAACGCCGAUUGGCAAGCCGACAUCGAAUACUUUGAGACGGUUGACGUAAAAUACAUCGACCAAAAGCUAGCUACAUUCGCCGAACUGGUCAUGCCAACUGAGGCUAUCAAGUCAUGCAAUAUAGGGUCCAAACCAGUCAAGAAAUUCGUCUUCCCCGACGAACCUUUCGUGAAGAGCUUCGAGGAAAAGGCGGCCAUUCAACUGAAAAUCAAAGGAACCGACUACGUUUUUGAGCUCGCUCGCUUUGAUAAAUACAGCAAAGAAAGAGGAAGUUGGACCAAGACUCCAACAGUAUCUUGGGGGGCCUCGCUUUUUGAUCCUGCGUGGAGUAAGGUGCUGGGGAGCCAGCUCCAGUCGAGGACGCGUUUUCGGACCCCGGAGCCUUAUCAAGGACUUGCACAGCUUUUUCCCACUGCGAAUGGAGCCAAUACACCCGCUGAUCCUAAUGAUUCAACAGGAUUCUGGGAGUUCAUCGAGAUUGUUCGUCGCAUCGCAGAGGUCUUGGGGUGUGAGCAGACAUGGUCUCCAAUGGACCCCGACGUCAGAGACAUGAACAAUGUGCUGGACAUAAACUUGGGUCUGCUUUUCUGA